GGGGGGCUGAGGGGGCCUACGGGGUGAAGCUGGACCUGCAGACUGUCAGUCUGAGGUGGGUCGAGGUUGUGCAGACGUUAUGGCUCAGCUGGUGGAGUGUGUCCCCAACUUCUCCGAGGGUCGAAACAAAGAGGUGAUCGAUGCCAUCUCGGCAGCCAUCUCCGGCACCUCCGGCUGCAGCCUGCUGGACGUCGACCCCGGAGCCUCCACCAACCGAACCGUCUACACCUUCGUGGGCUCUCCGGAGGCCGUGGUGGAUGGAGCGUUGAACGCCGCCCGGCAGGCCUUCAGCCUCAUCGACAUGAGCAAACACUCAGGUGAGCAUCCGCGGACCGGAGCGCUGGACGUUUGUCCCUUCAUCCCCGUCCAGAACGUCUCCAUGGAGGACUGUGUCAACUGCGCCAACGUGUUUGGACAGAAACUGGCGGAAAUGCUGCAUGUCCCCGUGUAUCUUUAUGGAGAAGCAGCACGGAAAGAGACAAGAAGAAGUCUUCCUUCUGUGCGGGCCGGGGAGUACGAGGCUUUACCUGAGAAGUUGAAGCGUGACGGUUGGGCCCCAGACUUCGGCCCCUCCGUGUUCGUACCGUCAUGGGGCGCCACGGUGACUGGCGCUCGCAAGUUCCUCAUUGCCUACAACGUGAACCUGAUCGGGACCAAGGAGCAGGCUCAUCGCAUCGCGCUGGACAUCAGGGAGCAGGGCCGCGGCAAAGACCAGCCCGGGCUGCUGCAGAAGGUGCAGGGGAUGGGCUGGUACCUCGACGAGGCCAACAUCGCUCAGGUGUCCACCAACAUCCUGGACUACGAGCUGACCCCCCUCCACACGGUGUACGAGGAGAUCUGCAGGGAUGCCGAGGAGCUGAAGCUGCCGGUGGUCGGCUCUCAGAUCGUCGGUCUGAUCCCUCUGAAGGCCCUGCUGGACUCUGCUGACUUCUACAUCCGCAGGGACCAACUCUUCAUCCUGGAAGAGGAGCACAAAGUCCGGCUGGUGAUCAGUAAACUCGGCCUCGACUCUCUCGGCCCAUUCAACCCCAAGGAGAGAAUCAUAGAGUACAUGGUGAGGCCACAGGAGGACAGCCAGCUGGUGUCUCUGUCUCUGCAGCAGUUUGUUCAGAGGGUCGGCGCUCGGACGGCGGCUCCUGGUGGAGGAUCAGUCUCUGCUGCUGUCGCUGCUCUGGGGGCGGCACUGGGCGCCAUGGUGGGCCAGAUGACCUACGGGAAGAGGCAGUUUGAGAACCUGGACGGUGUGAUGAGGAGGCUGAUCCCUCCCUUUCAUCAGGCCAUGAACGAGCUGCUGCUGAUGGUGGACGCCGACUCGUCCGCCUUCAACAGCUACAUGGCGGCGCUGAAAAUGCCAAAGAACACAGCAGAGGAAAUAAAAAGGCGAGAGGCUGCGAUGCAGGAGGGUCUGCAGCGCGCCGCCGGCGUCCCACUCGCCCUGGCUGAGAGGAUCAACGUCCUUUGGCCGUCUCUUAAAGAAAUGGUCGUCUACGGGAACAUCGCCUGCAAGUCUGACAUGCAGGUGGCAGCGAAGGCUUUGGAGACGGCAGUUUUCGGUGCGUACUACAACGUCAUCAUCAACCUGAAAGACAUCACAGACGACACCUUUAAGAUGGCUACUCAGAAGAGAGCGUCUGCGUUGCUGCAGGAAGCGAAGGAGAGCACCGCCGCCGUCCUUCAUGUUGCAGAGCAGAGGAACUGAAAACUGAAUCCAUCUGAUUGUAAACGAUUCCAGUGUAAAUAAUCAGAAGGCAUGAAGUCGUCCGUGGAAAGUCAAGCAGUCAGUGCACACACACAAAAGAGUACUCUGAUCCCCGCAGGUAUAACAGUGAAUAUAGAGAUACUAUGUAGUAUGAUUGUGUAGUUCCAGUUGUCUGUCUUGAUGUCUGUAACACAUUCAUUUGUGUAAUAAUAAAUACGUUGUUCACUUUUA